AUGAUGAUAGUGUUUGUGUAUGACACAGAGUGUUGUGUGGCUGAAGAAGAUGAUCCAGCUGAUGCAGUUCUUUAUUUUCACCCUGGUUGGGUGUCAGAUACCCAACGGCAUGCUUUGGCUGGACAGGUGGUGGGAGCGGCUCACUGCAUCAAGUCUCUAUUCUCUCAGCCGUCGGCAAUCACGUUGCAGAGUGGGAAGUUUAUUAUCAGGGAAUAUGGAAGAUACGUUUUGGCGAUAGGCAGCGAUCGAAAUAUUCCCGACUGGGUGCUGAAAAACCGUGCUAACCUCCUCACAUCCAUGAUAAAAGUGUACCACGGUGAUCUCCAAUCGCUUGCUGUAUCCAUGGAGGACCAGAAACGCCUAGCUGAGAAGCUAUACCAGAUCUUCGAGACAUACUUACCGGUGCUGCAGUAUGGCUGCCAUAUAUUCCAACGAGUGCCAAUGUUGAGUCUUCCAAAGAGUGCCACAUCAGUUUAUUUGGAGUCGAUGCAAAUAUUGGAGCAGUGUCGACGAAGUAAAGGCGUUUUGGGAGGCGUCAUUUUGUAUAAUAAUAAGAUAAUUUCAACUCAACUUCCACCAAGUCUGACCUCAUACAUAACAGUUGUAGACCCAUAUCGAAUAAAAUCUCCAGCAGAAACGCUUGAGACGGAUACGCCUUUACCUCUAGGAUCCCAAGUAUUAGUGGUAUACGUCGGUAGAAAGACAUACAACAGUUUGAAGAAACAAUCUAGCAAAUUGCAGGACUUCGCUCGAAAUGGAGAAGAAAUGGUUAACGGAUUCAAAAAGGCUCAAGAAAUUGAAAAAGAAAAAGUUAGAGAACACCCUCAGUCAGGCAUGAAAAGGGAUAAGUCGUUAUUAUUCACAGCCGUGCCAGAAGAGGACCACACGAUGAUCUCGCCUCCCAAUAGAGAGGAGAUACCGGGAGAAAAAAGAAAACCCAGUAUGCCUGACGUCGUCCCGUUCGCGAACAAACCAAGAUCACGUCCCAACAAACUCUCCCUAAGCUUUAAAAACCAGAAGUCACUCGAAGAAGAUGUAAAAGAAAAUGAAAAUGUAUUCACGGGACAGACCAGUGUAUGCUCCACACCAAUGGUCGAAUACAAACGCUUACACGGAAAUAUGCUCUCGAUCUGUCAAAAUCUCGAAAGUCAGGACAAAUCAGAUGUAGAACCGGACGUUCUCAAAAGCAUAGAAAAUAAAGUAGAAGAAAAACGAGAUAAUGAAACGGUACUUAAUUCAGACUGCGUAGCAGAACAUUUUAUUAACAAACCAGAACCUUUACGAAAGCUAGCCAGUGUUACCGACUUGCAAGAGACGUUUAAAAAGAUCUCUAGAAAUGGAUCUAAAAUCAUGUUAAAGUCUAAAGAGUCGCUGGAUUUAUCACCUACCCUACAACGGAAGAACCAAAACACAAUUACAAUAAAUGACCCCUCCUUUCCAGUAUUCAGAAAUGAUGGCAUUGCGAUCUCAGAGUCGCUAUUUAACCAGUAUCUCGAACAGUAUUACGCAGGAAUGAAAGACAAGAAGGAAGAAAAUAUGUUUAACUUCAAUCUAAAAUUAUGUGAACUGGACAAAUUUCAAGAUUUUGACUCCGAAUUGGCGAAAUCCCCUCAGCGAACGCCGAAGAAAGUAGUUAAAGACUCAACAAAGACCCUGGCCGUGACGGAUCAGUCUAGAAGGAAAUCUCUAUCAUUGCCCCUGAAAUCUCUAAAUACAGAACAAACAGAUUCAGAUGUAGGUUUUAAGAAAAAGUUAUCUGGUGUUCAGUUAACACCGCUUAUGGAAAAAUUGAGUCAUCUAGCAUUUUCAGACAAGUCAAGUGGAUACAGUAGUAGGGUUAUGACGCCGUUGGAGUUACGGGAUAUUUUGACGCCCGGCUUGGAGAAACAGAUAACCUUUAGCGAAAGUUCCAGAUCGAAACCGAUCCGAAAUGAAUGGGACAGCGAGUCUGAUAGUGAAUCAGAUGCUGAAGGAGAAAUGUUACCCGACUAUACAGCUCACGCAGUUAAAUGCGCUCUUUUUGUGAGUGGACUACACAAUAUGGCGCUGUUGGCUCUCAUGGAUGUUGAGGCAGCUAAUGAUCCAGAAACUAUUAAUUCCUUGUGGGAAACAUCACUUAACGCAUUAGGUCCAAUCGAGCAGCAAUGUAUAGACCCACUUGUGGCGGGACCUGAGGCCCACGACUACAGUUACUUGAUGCUGGAUCCGGAUUGGGGAACUGUCAAGAAAGGUGGCCCAUGGGCUGCCAUGGACAUUGCGACUAUGGGGCUCAUACACAACGAAUUCGAGGAGGACAGUGACACCUCGGAGUUUAUGUUGAGGAGCGAAGACAGUGUAGUGUUAGGAGUGUCCUGUGGGAAAUCGCAAAUAUUUUACCAAGAAAAUGGCCAGAGACAGCCCGGCCUUCCUCCACCUUCCGACAUUCUCGCGACUGCUCCUUUACGCGCCAGACGAAGAUUGCACAGGGACCACUCGGCUUUAAUACUAUAG